AUGUUAUUAAUAUUGUAUUUUGCAUUAAUCAAAGCAUAAAUAUAUACCCACACAUUUUUAAUAUUAGAUUAAUAAAAUAGUGUAAGAAUUAUUUUAUCAUUUACAGAUAGGAGUGCCAAAUUAUUUGAAUAGAUAAUUGAUAAGUACAAGUCACAAUUAUAUCCCAAAUUUACAAGAUUAAGAGGUUAAGAAGAAUAUUUUGAAUUCUAAUUUUUCUAACUAUUUCAAUAACACAAGAUUUUCAUAUGGAAAAACAAAAUUAAACCCAGAAAUAACAUUUGUUAAAAAUUAAGCCAUUGUUGUUUAUUAUCAAUAUUAAAACUUAUUGUCUAAUAGCGAAUUAAAGGAAUAGUAUAAUGAAUUGAAAAAAUAUUAUUUUACUGACGAAUUUUACAUUAUCAUACAUCAUAAGGUUGAUAAACACUUAACAGAAAACAUUUUGUUCUCAACAAACCCUGCUAAGUAUAUUAAAGAAUUUUCUUAAAACUUGGAUUUCAUAGAAUUUCAAUAAUAGUAUAAUUUCACAAACGAGGUCAUUAAACUAGUUAACAACAAAAGCUAGUGUUAGGAUUUACAAUCUUAUAUAUCUUCAAUUAGAGAUUAUAAUUAGUUUAAAUAAAUCAAGGACAAAUUUCAAUAAAUUAAUCAAAUUUAAUAGUGGAUUGAUGGUUGGAUUAUUAGCAAUAACACUAAAUUUGCUUAAUUGUUGUUUGAUUAACACAUUACAGCAAUUGAAGAAUUAUUGAAUCAAUUUCAGACUUCUUGUUAAUCGAGCGAUUUAAUAUUUUAAUUGAAUAUUGAUAAUUACUAAUAUACAAUAAUAUCUAUUUGCUUGAUAAUGUUCAUAGUAAUAAAGCAUUUUGCUAAAUAAUUCACAUUUAAUGAUGAUAAGGAUAAGUUUGUUUGA